AAAAUGUAACAAGAGGUGUGGAGGUAAAAUUCACCUCCUGGGAAGAACCAUAAAACCCUACUAGUCUCCAUGGAGACCGAAUCAAAAAACGAGCAGAUCUUUGUUUCAGAUCUAGGAAGAGAAGAGCAGAAGCGCUGUCUACCAUUCCGCGGCAGAAGUUCCUACAUCCCUGUCUCCGUGCUCAAGCUCUUUGCUGUUUUGUGAUAGAUUGCGACUAGAGGGAGGGAUGGGGGUGGUUGAUUCGCCGGCCAUGGAAAAUGGAAGCGGGAAUGGGAUUCCUAAGCUGUCGGCGGGAAAGUAUCGGAGAGUGGAUGUCCAGGUCGAGGAGGAUGAGCGGGAAAGCAAUAUAUUGGGAGCGAAUGACAGCGGAAGCACCAAAAGUAGAAAGUACGUCAUAGUCUGUGCUAUCUUCGCUUCCCUCAACUCUGUGCUGCUUGGCUAUGAUGUUGGAGUUAUGAGCGGCGCUAUUAUUUUUAUCCAAAAGGACCUUCAAAUAACAGAAGUUCAACAAGAAAUUCUCGUGGGAUCUUUGAGCUUUGUCUCCAUUCUGGGUAGCUUCGCUGGUGGAAGAACCUCUGAUGCCAUUGGGAGGAAAUGGACUAUAGGCUUAGCUGCCAUAGUUUUUCAAAUGGGUGCUGCUAUAAUGACUUAUUCACCCAAUUUCCUUAUGUUGAUGAUUGGCAGGCUUUUGGCUGGAAUUGGAAUAGGAUUUGGUGUCAUGAUAGCACCAGUAUACAUUGCUGAGAUAUCUCCCACUGCCAGUAGAGGAUCCUUUACUUCCUUCCCUGAGAUCUGUAUUAACAUUGGAAUCCUUCUUGGCUAUGUAUCAAACUAUGCUUUCUCUGGCCUUUCAGAACAUUUGAGUUGGAGGGUAAUGCUUGGUGUUGGCAUUCUCCCAUCUUUCUUUAUUGGUUGUGCAAUUUUUGUGAUCCCAGAGUCUCCCAGGUGGCUGGUCAUGCAGAAGAGGGUUGAUGAAGCAAGAUCUGUGCUCCAUAAAACAUGCAAUAGUGCAGCGGAGGCUGAGGAGAGAUUAGCAGAUAUAGAAGAAGCAGCCGGGACUUCAAACAUGGCAAAGCAUGAAGAGAAGGGCGUCUGGCAGGAGCUGUUGCAUCCUUCUGCUGCUCUUCGUGGAAUGAUGAUCACUGGAUUUGGCAUCCAGUGCUUCCAGCAGAUUUCGGGAAUAGAUGCUUCCGUAUAUUACAGUCCAACAAUAUUCAGAGAUGCAGGGAUUGGGUCUGACAGUAAGGUUCUUGUUGCAACUGUUGCUGUGGGUUUUACCAAAACUAUGUUCAUUUUGGUUGCUAUAUUUCUGGUCGACAGACUUGGAAGGAAGCCAUUACUUUAUAUUAGCACAAUUGGGAUGACUGUUUGUCUGUUUGGACUUGCACUUUCUCUUGUUUUACUUAAAGAUGAUUUAGUUCCAUCAAAGUUUGGGAUUUUUGUGGCCAUUUUUGCUGUAUGCGGGAAUGUGGCUUUCUUCUCUGUGGGACUUGGUCCGAUUUGCUGGGUUCUGAGCUCGGAGAUUUUCCCACUGAAGGUAAGAGCUCAGGCAAGUGCUGUAGGGGCGGUUGGUAACAGGGUUUGCAGUGGCUUAAUAGCCAUGACUUUCCUUUCCUUGACUAAAGCUAUCUCAGUGGCAGGAACAUUUUUUAUCUUCUCUGCCAUAGCAGCACUCUCUGUUGUAUUUGUUCGCUUCUUUGUACCUGAGACAAAGGGUAAAUCUCUCGAAGAAAUAGAGAACAUGUUUCAUGGUGGAAAAGCAUGGCAAGGGAGUGAAGUGGAAAUUGGAGAUGUGGAGCAUUUAGUCACGUGGGAAAACAAAUUUUCGAUCAAUCAGGAUGCUCUCGGCUAUAUUCGGGAAGCUCAUCAGCAAAAGUAAGUCUAGUUUCCAACCUGGUCACAUCAUGUAUUUCUAUACAGGGAAAACCAAACAAACGUGAGGCAAUAAUUUAAUUACGAAGGAAUAUACAGAUGUAUUUGGGAUGAUAAUAUUUUAUCCUUUUUGAAAAAAAUUGUAUUGUAAACUAAUAUUUUUGCAUUCUCGAAUACAUUAUAUAGUUAUCUGUCUUCAAAUUA